AAGCAACAGAGUGUGAGAUUUUAAUGACGCAGAACGCAGUCAACGGAUGCUUCAGUUUGCUCUGUCAAGCAAUAAGUACCAUAGAUAUUGGAAGAAGGCGAGUCCGUUUGGGAAAUUAAAGGUUAUGGAAAUAUUGCUCCGAAAACUCCAUGGGGCAAAGUAGUGACAAUUUUUUACGCCAUUGUAGGAAUUCCUUUAUUACUUUUGUGCCUUUCCAACAUAGGGGAUGUUAUGGCACAUUCUUUUAAGUUCAUUUAUUGGAAGGUAUGUUGCUAUCUUUGCGUUCGUCCAAAGAAGCGUCGUAAAAGAACAACCAGCAAACCAGUCACCAUUCCAUAUCGUGCACCCAUCAUAAGACCAUCGGCUGCCACAAACAUGAGAUCAACACAAUGUAAUCAUCCUGUGACAGACUCUCCUCAUUUACCAUCAAGCAGUACAUAUCACACAGCACAGAGCAGCGCUUCGCCUACUAUCAGCUCUUCUACUUCCACGCCAAGACACGAUGUCAGCCAAGUUCAAUGUUUCCUUCCGACCAUGCAUUCAAAUCCAACCAACAGGCCGAUCACGAACCAACACUUCACUCACCAGACUCAAGAUAUAGCAAUGGCACCUGUGAUAACAAAUAAGUAUGCUAUCCAGGAAGAUUUGCCAAUUGAUGCAAGACCUUUGCAACUUCGGAGAAAAGAUGGAUGUGCAUUGUUUGCAGCACCAAACAUUUUCACCAUCAUGAAGCAAAACAACUGCGACGGAUACCAAUAUGACACUCAUCAGGCGUACAGAACAAAUGAUAGAUACCAAUGGAAAAGAGACCACCGCUAUAUGGACACUGACAUUGACAUGACAGAUGAAGAAUCACUUCGUGAUCUUACUCCGGAACCAGACGAUGAGGAGGAAGUGACAGUUCCUAUGUGGCUGUGUCUAGCCCUCGUCAUCAGCUACAUUUGUGGCGGUGCAGUUCUCUUCACUUUCUGGGAAAAAUGGAAUUUCUUGGACAGCUCCUAUUUCUGUUUCGUGACUCUCACAACCAUUGGUUUUGGUGAUCUCGUACCAGGCACUGCUGUCAUUUCAGACGAUAACCAGUUGACACUUGGUCUUUGUUCUCUGUAUCUGUUGUUUGGUAUGGCUCUUUUGGCCAUGUCUUUCAAUCUGGUGCAGGAAGAAGUCACGAGAUCUGUUAAAUGCGUUGGAAAGAGAAUAGGUAUCAUUUCAGACGAUGAAGAUGAUUGACAAUUUAUAAAUAUUUAGCUGAAAGUCUUUAGAACUCUAUAUGUAAAUGAAAGGAAUGAUAAUUGUUUAAAUGUUAAAGUGGUUUCAAUGUUGCAAUUAUAGAUGCAAUGAUAUUCCAAUUCAAUAACUCCUUUCCUGUUAUUCUGAAUAUAAUUUGACACCAACUAGCAUCACAGAUAAUGGCACAUAAUAUUGCUCCAUAUCUUCGGGUAAUACUUCCAAGGUUUACCCCCGGAUACAUGAAACCACAGAUAAUAGCGAUGAAAAAUAUUUUAUAUCUUAUAAUGUGUUCAAUUAUAUGAAAAUAAGGGAUUCUGAUAUCUUAAUCUAAUGGGAAUUCUUUCCCGUACAUUAUGCAGUUUUUGGAAAGAAUGAUAAAAAGAAAAUUUCAUUUUUUUCCUUUGAAAGGAAUUUUUUAAAAAACGAUGUAGUUAACACGGUGAUAAUAUGAAUAACAGUAGAACUAGGGAAAGCAAUUUCAGAGCAGAAAUGUAGGCACGGAAACAAAGAAAAGUGAGACAAGCACUUUUUGCACACUGAGAUAGCGUUGAGUCCCUGUCAAUGCAUUUAUAUAAACCAAUACGAAACAAAGAGGGGAUACACAUAUUAGAAGGUAACCUGAAGCUUAUUAGUGACGCGAAUAUAUUAAUGAUCCUCAGUGAUCUCAUAUAGUCCUUCAUAUUUAGAUACAUGGGUGUAGAGAGACAUACAUACUUAGGAUUCGAACUCAUAAUACUUCAUACAUAUACAUAUGUAUAGAUAUAUGGGAUGCCCCACCCAUUCUCACUGAAAGAUGGUGCUAUCACCACUUUCUUGCUGGGACAGCGUCCGUUGGGAACACAGUCAGUCGUCUCCGAGAAGAGACAAAGUGCCGUAACGAAAGGAUAGUCGUAGAAGAGCAAGAUGGCAGGCUUAGGGUAGAUAGCCUACAAUAAUUCUGUUCAUCUCACAAUUCAAUUAAUUAGUCACAAUAUUUGUGUCAUGAUACUACACACUCUAAAUGUGCAUGCAAGCAUCAGUUAUAAUUUCAUCUACAUUUCCCUCUACCAUGUAAUGUCUCAAACGCACGCUGUACAUAAGCUUCAAUAAAUGUAUGAGU